UCAAACAUGGCGACUAAAUCAGUUCUUUGGACUGUGUCGAUAUUUCUUGGACUUUUAUUCGCUGCAAAUGGAGAUAAGGUCGCGCAGAAAAUUUACCAACAAUUAUCAGGGGUGAAUCCCUGUGUGCUUCUGACAAAUGCUACACAUCAAAUUGGAUGCACUUCUAGCAUGAGUGGUCAUGUUGGAGUCCUUCACUAUAUUAAAAGUGAAGCUGAUGUUGAUUGGAUAAUAAAGAAUGGAAGCCAUGCACCAUAUGUUCCAUUGUUCAGAUCUGAUCUGUUCACACUUGAAAUUGUUGAUCGUCUCAUACAAAAGGAAAAAAUAAACGGUGCUCUUGUCAUAGCUGUUCCAUCAGGAAAAUACAGAUAUACUCCUAAAACAGAUUCCCCUGACUAUGAAUGUCCUAAAGAUAAUUUUGGAAUCUACAGUGGAGACAAAAAAUAUGAAAACUGUAAAGAAGUGAAAUGGAACCCAAAAGGAACUGGAAUGUCUUUCAAGUAUUUUGAUAUUCCCAUGUUUGCUUUGAAUGACGAGGCAGAAGUGGAUGAUCUUCUCAAGUGUUAUAAGACACACAAUAGUCAAGAACACCCUGAUUACCCACUGUGUGCUGUGCAGUUAAAGGAUUUCAUGUAUGCAGCCAAAGACACUCCAACCUGUGUGAGGAAAAGCAAUAUACCAAAUCCUAUUGGGGCCAACUUUUGUAUGCCUCUUGGAGACAAGAAUGUUUGGGGUACUCUUUAUCCAAUAAAGAAGAAAAAAAAGGUGGUAAUGCUGGCCACUAAGUUGGAUUCCAAUUCAUUCUUUCAUGAUCUGGUCCCUGGAGUAGAUAACGAUGGUUCCGGAAUAGUGGUAGCUUUGGCUGUGGCCAAGGCGCUCGGAGCACUGAAAAGAAAUGUGAGUCUUUUCCUUGUAAAGAUCACUCAAAACUUCAUAUUCAUUAUUAUGCAUCCUGUUGAUGGCAAAGACCUUACUUUAAAAACUGGGGAUAUCAAAUAUUUCCUGGAGCUAAAUCAAGUAGGACUCUCAAGGAACAAGUUGUGGGCACAUUCUGAUCCAGUUUCCACUAAAGAUUCAGAAACCGAGGGAAAGGUUAAUAAUAUUGUGAAAGCUCUUGAAAAUGCAGGAAAAAAAUUUAACCUGGACAUCCAGGAACCCGCAGACAAACCACUGCCUCCAUCAUCUUUCCAGAUGUUCUUGAAAAAAAACCGCUCAAUACCUGGAAUUGUGUUGACAGACCACAAGGAGGAAUAUUCCAACAAAUUCUACAACAGCCAUUUUGACGAUCUUUACCAAGUUGGUGGAAAUGUAUCCAUGGAUAAUGACACAGUUUAUGUCAUCACAGAAUUCACAAAGAAACUUUCCAACAUCUCAUCAACUGUAGCCACAGCUCUGUACACUCUUGCCAAUGAUGGAACUGCACCAGACUUUGACAUCAAGGCUGAUGAAGCCCUGGUUGGUCAUCUUAUUUUCUGUCUUUUCAACCGUUCCGACUGUCCCCUUUACAGACAGGCUUCUGACAGCAACAAAACUUGGACAAGCUUUAAAAAAACCCCAGUCAGUUUAAAACCGUUUCCUCGUUAUGUGAGUGUGAACAGCUCAAGCAACGCUCUGACAAGAACUGUGAAGUAUCUCCUCUUGUACUUCACUGGUUAUCAUUUUCCUCCGGGCAAAUAUGAAGAAUGCAAGGCAUCUGACGGCGUCGAAAAAAUCAAAGUCCUUGGCCAAAAACUGCAAGGUCUUUGUGUGACUGGUUCGGUGUUCGAGUCACCAGCUGUAUCUCCUGCAUUUGUUGAAGAAAACUACGAUUCUGCUGAAUAUUCUACUUGGGCUGAGAGCACAUGGAACGACGAUCUUACAGUUCAAUUAUUUCUUGUCGCAAGCCCCAAAUUAGAGGGCGUAACGCUGGGUGCUGGACUCACAAUUACCUUCCUUUCUUUCGUACUUGUAUACUUUAUUAACAAGAAGGCUGACGUGAUCUUCACUUCCACUGAUCCUCUAAGUUCUGAACUCGACAAUUAAAGCUUUUUUACAAGUCCAGCAAUACAAGUUUAGAAAUCCUCCCAAUGACAGCGUAAUAAAUUCAAGUGACAGGUGGCGUGAAGUAAAGAUCUGACAGGGUCUCGGCUAAAAAGGCAAAUUCUCCCAUGGAGGUUAUAAAGAGUACGUUAAAACAGCAUGGCGAAUUGAAGUCGAUCAUGAGUUUGACAGAGUUCAGCAAAUAAGUUCUCACGAUACUAAACAACGGACCUGAUUAAUGAAGAAUGUCACUAAAGCAAUUAAUAGGACACAAGGCUGCCCUCUCUUAAGGAGUCGGAGGACACAAGUCGUCUAAUCCUUGCAGCUGUAGUCUCCGAUGAAGAGCGAAUCACCUCCGAGGAUAUUCCGAACCCGCGAUGAUUUGUCGACGAAAGCGGCUAUCGGGCAAUUUAGAUCUUGUUAACGAGAAUAGAAACUUCAUUUUGUCAAACUGAGAAUUGUGUUGAUUAUAAGAGACGAUUUACUCUAGCCUUUUCUCUUAUUUUUGUUUUUUUAUUUCCUUGGAGUAGAUAGAAAAUUAUUUGUUGUUAGGAAAAGAUUAAUCGUCACAAAUCAACAUCUCGAAUGUAUUUAAAAAAUGGUCGAAAUUCUUAAGAAGGCUUAUGUCUGAAAUAAGACACACUCAUGACAUCUAUUUUUCUAAACAGUUUUACUGAUUUUUUGAAGCCUGAAAUUUUUUUUUUUUUUUUAACCUCAGAACAGAGCGCUGGUAAAAUCCGGUUGCUUUCGUAGCUAUGAAAAGAAAUGGUUGCACAUUCCCACCCAAAGAAGUUCAAAAUUGUCUUCAGCUGUUCAAGAGAAAUAAAUUUAUGAUUUAUGAGUGGAAGA